GCCCGCCCGCCGCGCCGGCGCCAUGAAGCGGCAGAACGAUAGAGACUCUAGCCCGAGCGGGCGUGGCUCGUCAUCGUCCGCCAAGCGGCCGCGGGAGCGCGAACGGGAGGCAGAGGCGGGCGGGCGGCGGGCGGCGCACAAGGCCUCUGGCGGCGCCAAGCACCCGAUUCCAGCGCGAGCCCGUGACAAGCCCCGCAGCGGCGGCGGCGGCGGCGGCAGCGGACAUCGCAGCAGCAGCUCGGGCUUGGCGCCUCCUGCCUCCUCGUCCGGACGCCUCAGCUCGCCUGGACGUCACACUCCCACGACCUCCAGCAGCCCCAACACCGGCUCCACCUCGGUCACCGCCUCGCCACUCCCGCCGCCCCCGCCGCCCCCCGGGACGGAACCUGCGGGUCCUGGCUCCGCGGCCGCUCCGGAGUACAAGACGCUCCUCAUCAGUAGCCUGAGCCCCGCGCUGCCGGCCGAGCAUCUGGAGGACCGGCUCUUCCACCAGUUCAAGCGCUUCGGCGACAUCAGCCUGCGCCUGUCGCACACGCCGGAGCUGGGCCGCGUGGCCUACGUGAACUUCCGGCACCCACAGGACGCGCGCGAGGCCCGGCAGCACGCCCUGGCCCGCCAGCUGCUGCUCUACGACCGCCCGCUCAAGGUAGAGCCGGUUUACCUGCGCGGCGGCGGCGGCGGGAGCAGCCGGAGGAGCAGCAGCAGCAGCGCCGCCGCCUCCACGCCGCCCCCGGGGCCGCCCACGCCCGCAGACCCGCUCGGCUACCUGCCGCUGCACGGGGGCUACCAGUACAAGCAGCGCUCGCUGUCCCCGGUAGCCGCCCCGCCCCUGCGGGAGCCCCGCGCGCGCCACGCUGCUGCAGCCUUCGCCCUGGAUGCUGCGGCCGCUGCGGCCGUCGGGCUGUCUCGGGAGCGGGCCUUGGACUACUACGGGCUGUACGACGACCGCGGGCGACCCUAUGGCUACCCAGCCGUGUGCGAGGAGGACCUGAUGCCCGAGGACGACCAGCGAGCUACGCGAAACCUCUUCAUCGGGAACCUGGACCACAGUGUGUCCGAGGUGGAGCUUCGACGCGCCUUCGAGAAGUAUGGCAUCAUCGAGGAGGUGGUCAUCAAGAGGCCUGCCCGCGGCCAGGGUGGUGCCUAUGCCUUCCUCAAGUUCCAGAACCUGGACAUGGCCCACCGGGCUAAAGUGGCGAUGUCUGGCCGGGUGAUUGGCAGAAACCCCAUAAAGAUCGGCUAUGGCAAGGCUAAUCCCACCACCCGCCUCUGGGUAGGUGGCCUGGGACCUAACACCUCACUUGCAGCCCUGGCCAGAGAGUUUGAUCGCUUUGGGAGCAUUCGCACCAUUGAUCACGUCAAAGGAGACAGCUUUGCUUACAUCCAGUAUGAGAGCUUGGACGCAGCCCAAGCCGCCUGUGCGAAAAUGAGGGGCUUUCCCUUGGGUGGUCCAGACCGCAGGCUCCGGGUGGAUUUUGCCAAAGCAGAGGAAACUCGCUAUCCCCAGCAGUACCAGCCCUCACCUCUCCCUGUGCAUUAUGAGCUGCUCACUGAUGGAUAUACCCGGCAUCGAAACCUGGAUGCUGACCUUAGGGUGCGUGAUAGGACACCCCCACACCUUCUGUACUCUGACCGAGACCGGACCUUUUUGGAAGGGGACUGGACCAGCCUCAGUAAAAGUUCGGAUCGCAGAAACAGCCUAGAGGGCUAUAGCCGCUCAGUGCGCAGCCGGAGUGGUGAGCGUUGGGGGGGAGAUGGGGACCGGGGUAUCCCCAAGCCCUGGGAAGAGAGGCGCAAGCGGAGGAGCCUUUCCAGUGACCGGGGGAGAACAACCCACUCCCCUUACGAGGAACGGAGCAGGACCAAGGGUGGGGGACAGCAGUCUGAACGAGGCUCGGACCGCACCCCAGAGCGCAGCCGCAAGGAGAACCACUCCAGUGAAGGGACCAAGGAGUCAAGCAGCAGCAACUCCCUCAGCAACAGCAGACAUGGUGCUGAGGAGAGGGGCCACCAUCACCACCACCACGAGGCUCCAGACUCUUCCCACGGGAAGAAGACAAGAGAGAGUGAACGCAAUCAUCGAACCACUGAGGCAGAGCCCAAGACUCUUGAAGAGCCAAAACACGAGACCAAAAAGCUAAAGACUCUUUCAGAGUAUGCGCAGACACUGCAGCUGGGUUGGAAUGGGCUUCUAGUGUUGAAAAACAGCUGCUUCCCAACAUCUAUGCACAUCCUGGAGGGGGACCAGGGAGUUAUCAGCGGUCUCCUCAAAGACUACACUUCUGGCAGCAAGCUCACCCAGCUGAAGAUUGCCCAGCGCCUUCGACUGGACCAGCCCAAGCUCGAUGAGGUCACCCGCCGCAUCAAGCAGGGGAGCCCCAAUGGCUAUGCAGUGCUCCUAGCCACCCAGGCAACCCACGGUGGGUCUAGCACUGAAGGGCUUCCCACCGUGGAGCCAGGCCUACAGAGGCGGCUUCUCAGGAACCUGGUCUCCUACUUGAAACAGAAGCAGGCUGCAGGGGUGAUCAGCCUGCCGGUAGGGGGGUCCAAGGGCAGAGACAGCACAGGCAUGCUCUACGCCUUCCCACCCUGCGACUUUUCACAGCAGUACCUCCAGUCAGCACUGAGAACAUUGGGCAAGCUAGAGGAAGAACACAUGGUGAUAGUUAUAGUAAAAGACACUGCCUAGCCCGUGCCUGUCUUUUCCAGCUGUCACAAAAGCAGUUAUUUUACAAUCUGAUCCUUUCUCUACCUGCUUUACUCCCUUGGUUUGAAUUCUCUGCUGGGUGGUUUUGGUUCAUUUGGUGGGCGUCUUGUCCACCACUAAAACUAAGUUCUUAGAUUUGGGGGGAGUUUUUUUAAUGAGACUCCUGUUAUGUUGACUUCUAGUGUAUGAGAUACCAUCUGCUGUAUUUUUUUUUUUUUUUGACUAACUAUGGAAAGUUGUCAGUAAAGCUUUUGUCAGAGGAAAAAUUUUUAA